GACACUUCAAUUUUUUCUUCAACGGAGACGCCAAGCUUUUCGAAUCUGCCGAAUAAUCAGUCGAGUAAAGGAACGCCAUUCUUUUCGAACCUUCACCGAAUUCAAACAAACAGGGGGAACGCCAUUCUUUUCGAACACCCUGAACGCCGACUUUUUUUUAUUGCCUGCUAAGGAAAGAGUUGUCUGUCUCCGUAGAACAACCCUUCUCGGACAACUUCUUCAAGAUUGAUGGUUGGGCAGGAUUCCUCGACAGCAAUGUUUUUCGUUGAAGGAGUUCAUGAUAUUCUUUAGUGAGGAAGAACAACCAAAGAAAAUCAAAACUUACAAUAUCCUGCCGGUAGGCAUUGAAUUGUGUAUGCCCACCGGCAGGAGAAGAAGCGUGUUUGAGGUCUCAAGAAUUCAAAACUUGCUCCGAUACUAUGCAGAAAUUAAUAAGAGAGAAUAUAGUUUGUAUAUUGAAUUGGCUUGUGAUUACAAAGAUCAAACCCUCUUUAUAUAGGAAGAGAGUAAAACAUAUAAGUAAACUUUUAUUCCUACCAUAUUUCUAUUCCUACUAUAACAAGAACUAAGCAAACUAGGAAAGAUACUAAACCGAAUCCCAAAGAGAUUCAGUUUCCUUCUUUGACCCGGCUUCCUUCUUCUGUCGCCAACAAUUUGACUUGGCUUCAAGGGUUGCCUAUCUUUGCAUAAGCACUUGCAAAUUGGAAGAUUGCCAUUUUAGAAGACUAGCUCAAACAAAGCUAUCACGUUGUUCAACAAAUUCUUUUUAGAACACUGAUUUAGUCAAAUUUGAAAGAUACUCCAUGUCUAUGGAAGAAGUGGUGAGUGAUUUGAUUACACAUAAAAUGGUAAAUAAAUGAAGUGUUCCUUGAUAAUAAAACAAUGCUCCAUUAAUAUAUCAUUCAAAGUUUGUUGCCGAUACAAGCAACAACAAACAUUACACACAAUAUGAAAAAUGAAAACAAGUCAUUUGAACUGUAUCUACGCUCUUUCUAUCUGAAUGGUUACAUGGCUAAUAUUAUACUCUCUCCUAAUGUAGUCAAUGACUUUAUCUAAGACUAUGUUAGCAUCAACAUCAGUUUUAAUCUUGACAUGGCAUGAUAAUAGAACUUUUCCCAUGAUAAUAGCCCAUAUGGUUCAUACUCCACUAACUCACCCCUAAACGCCCCCACCCUAGCCCCACCCCCACCUAAACCCUGCCCUAAGCUCCCCUCUAAGAACCUUUUCUUUAGGACGGGAAAAAAGAUAUGGAUGUUGGAAGAAACUAGAAAAAACUGGAAGAAACUGGAAGAAAACUGAAAAAAACUAGAAGGACUGGAAGAAACUGGAAAAAAUUAGAAGUAACUGGAAAAACUUCAAAAAAUUGAAAAACCUAAAAAAACUUUUAAAAAAAUUACUUUAAUUUCUUGUUGUUAUAAAUUAUUAUUAUUAUCGAUUUUGUUUUAAAUGUCAUACAUGUCACAUAAUGUAAUCAAACCUAUUUUUUCUUUCUUGAUUGACAUUUUAUUUUCAUUGAAGUCCUACUUUUGGAAUAAAGACAUAGAACUUUUUUUUACAUUUUUUUAUGUUUUACUUCUAUUUUAGUCUUUUUUCCAAACUAUUUUGACUUACAAUUUUUUUAUAAAAAUUAGAAAAAUAAGAAAAUUUUAAGUAAUAAAGGGAAAGGUGAGAUGUCUUAUAUAAAGUUAAAUUAAUAAAACAUUCUAUGGAAGAAAAAAAUAUAGUUAUGAACAUAUUGAUGUUUUCGUGUUUUAUCAUGUAGAUUAAUAUACAAAAAAUUGUCUUAUUCAUAUUAAAAAGUUGAAUAAAAAAUAAUGAGUGCGAAUCGUAAAAAUAGUGAGAUGAAAAGAAUAAUUUAUAAACUAUAGUUAUGAACAUAACAGUUGUAAUAAUAAUAAUAAUAAUAAUAAUCACAUUAAAAAUAUAUCGUUUUUUGAGUAAUUGGUUAGGGAGUAGAAAGAGUUUGAAGAAAAUCAGAAUAGUUUGUAGAAACUGGAAAGAACUGGAAGAAACUGAAAGUUAAGAAUUCAAGCCCUAAAGAACAGGCUCUAAAUGUGUGGUUAUUAUGCAAUAAAUAAAAUUAUAUCAUUCAAAAUAUAAUUUUAAGAGAACAUUACAAAUUUUAGAAUGUAUAUGAGAUCCUGUGAAUCAUGGGAUUAGCACUAGUUCCUCUACAUAAGAGAAAUAAAUAAAACAAAUAUUUUUAACAAUUAUUAUAAGGAAUGAUAAUUUCACAUUCAAAAACUUCAUUCCAAAAUUAAAUUUACACUCUUCUAUUUUCUUUUUAAGAAAAUGAAUAUGAGACUUAUUUUGUUAAUUUGCGUGCAGUAUGAGACUUAUAAUUUAACUCCUCUAAAUCUCAACCACACAUUUUAUUUUUCAUCAAAUACUUUCACUUUUCAAUACUCGGUGUUUUUUAAAAAGAAAAAUUGUUUGAAAGUGUUAAUUUCAAUAGUUUGCUCUUUCCUACUUGCUUGCGCAUGAGAAAUAAUUAGCAAGGGAUAUAGCAUCAUUGAUAAACAACGGUUAAAAAGAAAGGGAAAACAUCAGAAAUAUGGAUUACCUCUUCCUUUCAACAGAAAGCAAAUUGAAUUGAAUGGAGGGUAUUAGGCAGAGUAUCCUAAAACUUCUCCAAUCCAAGCCUUGUUGUUUGUUUCCCUCUCAUCACUUUGAGAAAUUUAAUCAUUAUGGCUCACUAUUCCACUCGACCCAAACGAUAAUUAAGCAAAACUAAUAUAAUGAAACGCGAAUAGAAGAAGACAUAGCCAUAGAGGAGGAGACCGGAAAAUCUGUGAACCUGGAACCUCUUCUGCCUUGGAUUGGCCUGAAUCCAGGGCAGAGUUGAGCUCUGCCUCCACCUCUAAUCACUAAUUUUGCAAUUCAUUCACAUUUCAUAAUAAAGAGAAUGGCAUUUCAAGAUUUUGACCUGAUUUCCGAGCGGCGGAAGAAGGAAAAGCAGGCCAAGUUGAGGAGGAGAAUCAUAACCGCCCUGGUGUUGGUCGUCGUCCUUCUCCUCGCCGCCGCAGCUGCAUUUGCUUAUUUCGUGGUACUUAAGGCCCCCCACGAGGAAAAAGAGAAGCAUGCCUCUAAGACAAACAAGGCUCACAAGCCAAAAUACUCGCCGCCCCAUCCACAGCCGCCUCCCAAAUCGGAGCCAGAGGCUGCUGUUGUCGGGCAAGGCGAGCCUCCCUCCUCACCAUCCAAAGCUGCUGUUGUUGACCAAGGCGAGCCUCCUGCAUCACCGUCCAAGGCUGCUAUUGUCGAGCCACCAUCCGAAACGCCGUCAGUAGCGCCGUCGGAACCUCCGUCCCAAUCCCCAGCUGAACCACCGGCCAUGAUUGGAAAAGCUGAGAAGGUCAUCGCGACGAUAUGUGCGGGCACCGACUACAACGCCACCUGCGAGGACAGCCUCAAGAGGGCGGUGAAGGAGAACGCCUCCGCCGCUCACAACCCCAAGGAGCUUCUUAGGUCUUCCAUGGCAAUCGCCGUGGAGGAAAUCGACAAGGCAAUAAAGCAAGCCGGCGGCCUGAAACUCCACACGCCGCAUAAGAAAGCUGCGAUGGACGAUUGCAAGGUGCUCCUCGCCGACGCGAUGGAGGAAUUGAACAGCUCCAUGUCCGGCGUGGGAAACUCAGGGCUGGAAUCCCUAGCUUCUAGAACCCCCGACUUGAACAAUUACUUGAGCGCCGUGAUUACCUUUCAGGACAACUGCAUCGACGGAUUCCCCGACGGCGAAGAGAAGACGGCCAUCAGGAACUCCCUCAAGACCGCCGAGGAGAUCGCCAGCAACGCUCUCGCCAUCGUCUCCCAGCUCUCCUCCGCGCUCUCCACCUUCCAGAUCCCAGAUCUCGACCUCAAGCGACACCUCCUCGCCGACGAAGACGACCGCGAGUUUCCGGCAUGGAUGGACCACGAGGAACGCAGGAUCCUCAAGGUUGAGGCUCCCAAACAGCCACCCAACGCCACCGUCGCCAAGGAUGGCAGUGGGAACUUCACAACCAUUAAUGCUGCUUUAGCCGCCAUCCCUCAAAAAUACGACGGGCGGUAUGUAAUUUUUGUUAAGGAAGGAAUAUAUGAAGAAAAUGUGGUGGUGACAAAGAAGAUGGUCAACCUCACUAUCUAUGGAGUUGGGUCAAAAAAGACAAUCGUUACGGGUAGCAAAAACUUUGUAGAUGGAGUGUCAACAUAUCAGACUGCUACGUUUGCUGUAAUGGGAGAUGGAUUCUUAGGACAAUCGAUCGGGUUCCGUAACACAGCCGGGCCGGAGAAGCACCAAGCGGUGGCGCUCAGAGUUCAAGCAGAUCGGGCAAUAUUCAUCAGCUGCAGAAUGGAAGCCUACCAAGACACUCUGUACGUCCAAGCCCACCGCCAGUUCUACCGCGGCUGCUACAUCACCGGCACCGUUGACUUCAUCUUCGGCAACGCCGCCGCCGUCUUCCAGAACUGCAUGAUCUACGCCCGGAAGCCCAUGGAGAACCAGCAAAACAUAGUCACGGCCCAGGGGAGGACGGACCGGCGGCAGACCACCGGGAUAGUCCUCCAGAACUGCAAGAUCUUGGCGGACGACACCCUCGAACCGGAAAAGGCGAAGACCAAGAGCUAUCUCGGCCGCCCGUGGAAAGAGUAUUCAAGGACGGUGGUCAUGGAGUCCGAAAUCGGAGAUUUCAUCCAUCCCGAAGGAUGGAUGCCCUGGAGUGGAGACUUUGCCUUGGAGACGUUGUACUAUGCCGAGUAUGCAAACUCCGGCCCUGGGGCUUCGGUCAAGUCCAGGGUGAACUGGGGUGGUUACAAGGGAGAGAUCAAGAAGGAGGAGGCCAUGGAAUACACCGUUGGCCCAUUUUUACAAGGGGAUACUUGGCUCAAGGCUGCGGAAUGUCCCGCUCGUUUUGGCCUCACCAAGUAAUUUUGGUUUUUUUUUUAAAGAUGGAGAGGAAUUGAAGCUGCCACAAUUUGUCACAGUUAUUUGAGUUCUAACAUUCACUUUCCGGCUUGAAAGAUUAUGAUUAUUGCACCAUUAAUUUUAGGAACUUCGAAUUCUCACCUCAUUUUUACAUACAAGGUAUAAUUGUACAUGUUUAAUGAUAUUGAGAAAAGGAAAUAAAGGAAGAGCAAAAUC